CCAUCUGCGCUGUUUGGAGAAUAAACAUGUCUCUUUUUCUAGUCACAGCGAGCAACUCAUUUGUGAUUGGCACAUAUGUUUCAACUGCAGACAGAGUUCACAUUUUCAGUGUCUGUGCUGUCCUAAAUCGGUUUGCCAUGACUGCCUUGGCAAAGUUGGAUUUGUCGAGUUGAGAAUGCAGCAAAAAGGAUUUUGCACCAGCUGCUUGAACAAGGCUAUCCUGAUUGAGAAGAAUACUGAUAUUGAUCCUCGUUGGGUACAGAGUGAUUUCAGCAAGGCAGAGAUAGAAGAAAUUUUGUUUAAAGACUACUGGGAAGACGUUCAAGACAGAGAACAUUUGAAAUUGCUGAAAAUGCUGGAAGAAGCUCAUUUUAUUCUUAACAAAAAGCUUGACCUUAAUAGAUCAAAUUCAGAGAAAUUUCCAGAUAAAGAUCACAUGUCAGAUACAAAUAUAUUUGCUGAAAAUGCUGCCAUUGAAAAAACAAUUCCUUUGGACUCUAAGGGAGAACAGAAUAAAGUGAUCACAUCACUGAAGGACAAGUCAAACAAGAAAACAUAUACUGGUUGGGGUUCUGAAGAGUUAAUGCGAUUCUUGUCAAGUUCUGGAAAGGACACAUCAAAAUCUCUUGAUGAAGAUGAAAUUGUUGGAGUUAUCAUGGCGUACAUCAAAAAGAAGAAUUUGUUCAAGAAUAAUAAGAAAAAGUCUUUCUUGUGUGAUGAAAAGUUGCACCUUUUGUUUGGGAGAAGAAAAGUGGGUUGCGAAAGUAUCCGUAAGUUUCUAGCAGUUCAUCUAGCUGCAAAUUCUGUUUCAGAGGAUGAAAUUUUUUAUGGUUCUGAAGAUGAUGAUGUUCCAAUUACAAAAAAGAAACCUCGUGUUGAUGGUUCUGAAGAUGAUGAUGAUGAUGGUCUUAUUAUGAAAAAGAAACCUCGAAAUAGUAUGGACUUGAAGAUUGUUAAGAGGUUUUCACAAAGAAACAAGAGAUGUUUUGCAUCUCUUAAUGAGAAUAACAUAAAGCUUAUUUAUCUGAGAAGAUCUUUAGUUAUCGAUCUCUUGAAUCAUCCAGACACAUUUGAUCAGAAAGUUGUUGGAUGUUUUGUCAGAGUCAAGAAUGCCCCCAUAGUUCACAAGUACGAAAUGCCUAAAAAUCCAUACCAGCUUGGGCUGGUGACAGGCAUCAAGAAAUCUUCAGAAGAAUACAAGAUGAAAGACACAUGUACCGAUAUUCUCUUAUGUGUUACUGGUUUGUGGGAUGAUGUCAAGAUCUCAAUGCUCUCCGAUGAGGACUUUACGCAGGAGGAAUGUAAUGAUCUUGUUUCUUCAGUGAAAAAUGGACUUCUGGAAAAGCCUACAAUUGCUGCACUGGAAGAGGUGGCAACUGUACAUAAGGACAUAGAAAAUCAUGUAAGUGCACUCAGAAAUCAAUAG